AUGGGCAGCGCCGGCCCCGGGCUGACCGCUCUGCCCCCCGGCCGCCUCGCCCGGCCCGACGCUGCCCCCCUGCCGCCCCCCUGGGACCCCAGCGCCCGUGCCUGGGGCUGCCCGGACAGCCCCAGCCCCCCCAGCACCCCCGAGCAACCUCUCCCAGCCUUCUGCCUCCACUACUUCGACAUGCUCUACUCGGAGGACAUCGCCUGGGCUUCCAAGGGCAUGGGGGAGACGUCCCAGAGCGGUGCCCCCGGGGGGCGAGGCGAGGCGCAGAAGGAGCCGGAGCAGUGCCCCGUCAUCGACAGCCAGGGUUUGGGGCUGGGGGCCGAGGGGGACCUGCAGGGCGGCCUCCCCUUGGAGGAGCACUCGCUGGAGCAGAUGCAGAGCAUGGUGGUGGGCGAAGUGCUGAAGGACAUCGAGACGGCCUGCAAGCUCCUCAACAUCGCCGCAGACCCCGCGGACUGGAGCCCCGGCAACGUGCAGAAGUGGAUCCUGUGGACGGAGCACCAGUACCGGCUGCCGCAGAUCGGGAAGUCCUUCCAGGAGCUGUCGGGGAAGGAUCUGUGCGCCAUGUCCGAGGAGCAGUUCUGCCAGCGCUCGCCCGUCUGCGGCGAUGUCCUCCACGCUCACCUCGACAUCUGGAAGUCCGCCGCGUGGAUGAAGGAAAAAGCUGCCCCGGGGGAUGUCAGAUACUGCGGGGGUGACACCAGCUGGGCGGACAGCGAGGUGGACUCGUCCUGCGCCGGCCAGCCCAUCCACCUCUGGCAGUUCCUCAAGGAGCUGCUGCUGAAACCCCACAACUACGGGCGCUUCAUCCGCUGGCUCAACAAGGAGAAAGGCAUCUUCAAGAUCGAGGACUCCGCGCAAGUGGCUCGCCUGUGGGGCAUCCGGAAGAACCGCCCGGCCAUGAACUACGACAAGCUGAGCCGCUCCAUCCGGCAGUAUUACAAGAAGGGCAUCAUCCGGAAACCCGACAUCUCCCAGCGCCUCGUCUACCAGUUCGUCCACCCGGUCUGAGCGGCGCAGGAGGGACAGGGGACCCCCGCCGCCUCCCUCUGCCUCCCCGACCUCACGAACCAGCAGCCAGCACUUAAGGACCGGGGCUGGGGUACCGGGAGGCUCAACCCCGCCGGCCACGGAUUGCAGGGACCCCCCCGCCCCCAGACCCCAGCCUUGGAGCGGGGACGAGCCUCCAGCUCCGAGACCACCCCCGGAGUGCCCAGCUCCGGGGCCAGGACCCUGCACGGAGCCUUCGUCUCCCGCGAGCGCUCCUGGCUGAGGGUGGCUGUGGAUUUUGGGGCCGGCGGAGGAGACGGGGAUUUGACCGGGACAAGAUAAGGGCUGAUGUGUUUGUGGCUGGGGUGGGGGCUGCCCGAAGCCUUGGUGCCUUUCAGCAGGGAUCAGGGUGGGAGCGUGGACACCCCGGUGUCCUGCCUGCGGGUGUCUUGUUGUCCCCACGCGCCGUCCUCCCUCCUCUGCAGCCUUGGGCAUCAGCAGGACACGGGGCCAAGAGCAGCCCCCAGCAGGAGACCCCAAAAUCCCCAUGGCAUCGCUUGUCCCAGCACGGGGGACCACCAGGACCACGCUCCCCUGCAGCCAAACCCUGUCCCCACGCCACCACCAGGCUGUGGGGCCUGUCCCCUUCGGCGCUGGUGACCCCGUGCGCUGCAGCAGGGCUGCUCCGGAUUCACCCCAAAACCCAGCUCCUGGCUGUUGGGGAUGGGGUGGGGGGGAUCUGCC